GCGAGAUCAGGAAUUCCAAAUUGAAAUUGGGAAAAAAAAAAAUGGGGAAAGAGGCUGCGCAGUUGAGUGGAGAGGAGAGUUCGAGCACCAUCGAAGUCUCUGGUUUGCAUUUCGCCUAUGAAAGCCAAGCUCCGUUAUUCGCUAGUUUCAAUCUCAAGAUUUCUCCUGGAUCUCGAUGUCUUCUCGUUGGUGCAAAUGGAUCUGGGAAGACCACUUUACUGAGGAUUCUGGCCGGUAAGCAUAUGGUCGGAGGAAGAGAUGUUGUACGGGUGCUAAACUGUUCUGCGUUUCAUGAUACCCAACUGGUCUGCAAUGGUGACUUGGCAUAUCUGGGAGGCUCAUGGAGUAAAAGUGUUGGUUCUGCUGGGGACAUACCACUCCAGGGAGAUUUUUCUGCUGAACACAUGAUAUUUGGAGUCGAUGCGAUUGAUCCUGCUAGGAGAGAAAAGUUGAUCGAGCUGCUUGAUAUCGAUCUGCAGUGGCGAAUGCACAAAGUAUCCGAUGGGCAGCGACGCCGAGUCCAAAUCUGCAUGGGUCUUCUUUAUCCUUUUGAGGUGCUUUUGCUAGAUGAGGUUACUGUUGACCUAGAUGUUGUUGCAAGGAUGGAUUUACUCGAAUUCUUCAAGGAAGAAUGUGAACAGAGAGGAGCAACAAUUGUGUAUGCAACCCACAUUUUCGACGGGUUGGAGACAUGGGCUACAGAUGUAGCAUACAUUCAAGAUGGAGAGUUAAAGAGGUCAGAGAAAUUGUCUGAGGUCCCAGAGUUGAAGGACGCUGCCAACUUGCUUUCAGUGGUCGAAUCUUGGCUUCGUUCUGAAAUCAAAGGUGAGAAGAAGAAACUCAUCAAUCCUCCUAUCCAAUCCAGAAAGGCAUCUCCCUUGGACAACUCUCCUUUUAGAUCAACAAGGCACAUGGCCUACUACCGCUGAUAUCAUCUCGAUUCAACUGUUAUGCUUGUGUCUCAAAUUUAAAUCCUUAUAAGUAAGGGUUUUCACUAUGUGGUGUUAUUCUAAUCUUUUAGCUACUUAAGGCUAUGAAAUUUUAUAUUCUCUUUUUGCUGUCUAAUUAUAGUAAUUAGUCUGGAUUCUAUACCUAUGCAUCAUUUUCAGAACCCCAAUUUGCUGCCAUGGGAGUGACUGCUUAGAUCAUAAGAACAAUUUGAAAUGAAAUUCUUUGUUUUGUUAGUUA